UAGACUCGAUUUAUCUUUCAAGCCAUCGAUUGCCCCAUGUUUCGUUAACCCCCUCGAACCCCUUUGGAGCCAGUACCACCAUUUCACGAUACAUAAUCAAGCUGAGCCCUUCUCAGUUCUCUUGGGAUCUGCCGUCAUUACUUUCAACUCAAUAAUUAACUUCUCUUGAGCACAAUAACGACUUUAAUAUCAGCUGUCAUUUUGAUAACCUCCCUCGAUACAUCUCAACUUUCCAUAUCAUAUUACUUAUUUGGUACACUUCAAGAUGAUGCACCCACUCUUCGGUGUGCAGCCAGCAGGCUCUUUGCCCAUCGCAUAUCCUUACGACACAAUGCUAGACGAUCACACACAACAAAUGGCAUGCUCGCAGGCUUCAAGAAGGUUUUCACGAGGGUCCAGUGGACAACGAUCUGGAGGUGCUAUGAGAGUGGUCAAGCCUUCAAGCGCCAACAACAGCCCUCGUUCGUCUGGUUUCAUGGCUCGCCGCAAGACUCUGAUGAAUGACGGCAACUCGCAACGUCGACAACAGCAAAUAAUGGAACAGUUAUCAGCGUUUUGUGAUGUUGAGUCGCGGCAACCCGCCCCACGAUCAUCGCGUCCUGUGAGUUGGCAUCCGGUUUCAUAUGGCCAGCAACCCUAUGUUCAGGCGCAACAGUCCGCGUAUGCCUUGACCACAAGCCACUUGCCUACCGAUCACCAAGACUUGCACGGGAACUAUGCUCAUUAUUCUCCAAUGAUGGCUUCAACUUCAUGCGGUACAUCUCCGCUGGCAUUCUCCCAUCUCCCUCUCCCAUAUCAAUCUACCGACAACAUGUCCUACAAUCCUUACCAGGGAACGAACAUGUCGCAUCACUCCCCCGCUGCUUCUAUGGUCUUGCCAGGUCGUCAACUGCCUGUUAUUUCUGCACCCGUCGAGGCCACAGACAGCAAUGGAUGGGACUGGAAUACUUUUAUCAUGCAUGGCAUUGGCUCGACAACACCCCCCACCCCUGAGACUUUCCCACAAACCCAAUUAUCUCAGCCUGCAGUAUCAGAGGAUCCUCACUAUCAGGCUCUUGAAGACGCCGCGGAAGAAGAUGGCGAGAUUCUGGUUGGAAUGGGACUUUACGAUACUCCAGAGAAGUAUAACGAGGAUCCGCAGCUCAACAACUAUCGAUCUACUGUAUCAUCUUUACUUGGGUCAUCAUUCAGGAACCAUGAACCUCAAGGCAAGGGCCUGAAGCUCGAAGAGACAUGGGAACCUCCCAAAUCUGACGAAGAGGAUGAGGAAGAGGAUGAGGAUGACGACGAAGAUGAAGAUGAGGAGCAGUAAACCCGCUGCAUCUCGAAAUUUGUAACGGCACACAUGAAUAAUGACAUGAAUUUUGUAUCACUAUGGUGUUCACUGGUAGGCAGGAAAAGCCGGCUUUUGCUUCUUUUUGGGGACAGGGAAAACACAGGGUGACAAGGUCGGUGCAUCUGGAUCUCAGGAUAAGGAACAUGGGUGCAAGCGUUUGAAUUUACUAUAUGUAUAGAGUCUGGCUAUGGAUACCCCGUGCAA